AUGGAGGCCCCCCUUAUCCCGUUCUCGGGGAGGAGCCAUGGAGGGGAUGGAGGCGGGCGGAGGACGGAGGUCUUGGUAGAGGUGAAGAGGCAGUUGCGUCUAGGUGGGCCUCUGAUAGUGUCUUGCUUUCUGCAGUUCUCCCUCAAUGUCAUCUCCAUCAUGUUCGUCGGCCACCUCGGGGAGCUCUCCCUCGCCGGCGCCUCCAUGGCCACCUCCUUCGCUGGUGUCACCGGAUUCAGCCUAAUAGUAUGCUGUCUCUUUCUCUCCCUCCCUCUCUCGCUCUCGCUUUUUCUCAUUCCAUGAUUCCUUUCUGGCUCUGUCUGAUCUGAGAUUUCAUGUAGCCCUCCUCCGGGUCAUCCUUCAUGGCCUUGCUCUUCCAACUAACUAGUCCCCCGGUCUUUCCAGCAUCUUUGGUCCAUACCAUGCAACAGUAACUCCGAUUGGAUCAUCUACUAAUCACGAUACUCUGUUUUCUCAUCAUAUUUUCCCUCUUGCAGUUAGGGAUGGGAAGCGCAAUGGACACGUUCUGCGGGCAGGCAUUCGGUGCAGGACAAUACCACAUGCUCGGCAUCCACAUGCAGAGAGCCAUGCUCGUCCUUACAGUGGUUAGCGUCCCGCUGGCCUUCAUCUGGGCGUGCACAGGGGAAAUACUAUUGGCGCUUGGGCAAGAUCCAGACGUCUCGAAGGAAGCCGGUUCAUACGCUCGAUGGAUGAUCCCAAACCUCUUCGGGUAUGCUCUCCUCCAGUGCCACGUUAGGUUUCUUCAGACGCAGAGCGUUGUCACGCCGAUGAUGGCGGGAUCUGGCGCCACGGCUCUGCUUCAUGUCUUGAUAUGCUGGGUUCUGGUUUUCAAGUCCGGCCUUGGCAACAGAGGCGCCGCUGUCGCCAACUGCAUUUCUUGCUGGAUUAACGUGGCUAUAUUGGCUGUUUACAUGAGGGUUUCUCCAACCUGUAAGAAGUCCUGGACUGGAUUCUCCAAGGAAGCCUUCAAUGACGUUCUCUGCUACGUCAAGCUUGCUGUUCCUUCAGCUGUGAUGGUCUGGUAAUCCCUCUACCAAACUGUAAGUGGUCUCUCUGCAAGUAGUCUAUUUAACUUAUGUUAAUCAUUGCGGCAGCUUGGAAUUUUGGUCAUUUGAGUGCUUGGUUCUGCUCUCCGGACUGCUUCCAAAUCCAACCCUAGAGACCUCAGUGCUAUCAAUCAGGUGAGAAGUUCCUCUCUAUUUCCGGUUAUUUUAUUGAUCAUGUGUCAGGUUGCCAAUCAUGUCUCAAGAGUACCUGGGCGCUUAAAUAACUUCCAACAUGCUAAAAGUUCAGAUCAUUGGAGAAAGACAAUGCUAGAUGAGAGACUGGGUCCAUAAUUUUAAGCUCAUUUUAUGAAGGCUUUAUUUACUUGCACACUUUGAAGAAAUUUAAAUAGCUUUCUCAGGGAGCAUUGACUUUAAAAUACAUCCAUCAAGUAUACAGUUGAUGAUAGUUUUUCUUCUGAUACAAUGAUUUCUCCUUUCACAGCUUGAACACCUCUUCAAUGAUUUUCAUGAUCCCCUUAGGUCUUGGCAAUGUUAUAAGGUCAGAUAAACUCAAUUAUCACGCAAGAGCUUUUCUUCUCUCAGACAAAAACUUCAAGGAAUCUUCUUAAAUUCCGUAACAUUUCGCUUCCUUUCUUCUGCAGCACUCGGGUUUCAAACGAGUUGGGUGCUGGGAAUCCGCAAGCUGCGCAAUUAGCCAUCUAUGUAGUCGUAUUUUUGGCUGUGAUGGAGGGACUCUUGGUGGCACUGGUCACAGUUCUAGUCCGUGGAAUCUGGGGUUACAUGUACAGCAGUGAAGAAGAAGUGGUGCAAUACCUGGCCAUCAUGCUGCCUAUUGUUGCAGCUUCCAACUUCAUGGACAGUAUCCAAUGCGUGCUUUCAGGUAAGUUUUUGUUAAGUGUUAGUACAGUGGAAAGGAAGUCUGAGAUUCUCAUGUGUUUGACUGUAAUCUGUGUAUUAGCACCAGGCAACUCAGUAUCGCAUUGUGACUCAGAGUAGUUAUCUGGCACAAUAAACAAUUCCCUUUAAAACCCAUUCAUUAGUAGCUUAGUCUAUCUUAUUACAUAUUAAGAGUCUGAAUCUCAAUUUUUCUUUUUAAGCCAAACCAGUUCAUAUAAGUUCGUCAGGAUUUGUCAGAGUCAAUGCACAACCUUAUGGUGUGUGUAUCUUGACUGCUAUUCAAUAGACAUGAGAAGAUGAGACAACCCCAUGAAAAUGAGGAGUCUCUAGGUGGUCUCCACAUUGCGAACAAGUCGUACGCCUCAACUUGUGGCUGAGAUAGUGGGCAGAGCUAGCCCUUUCUGAGUGGCUGUUGCUUUAUGUGCUUGUACGUGAAGGAACUAUUCGAGGAUCUGGACGGCAGAAAAUUGGUGCUCUCGUCAACCUGGGAGCUUAUUACAUUGUGGGGAUUCCUUCUGCUGUUCUCUUGGCUUUUGUCUUCCACAUUGGGGGGAAGGUGAGAACUCAUCUUAACUUGUUUAUCUUCUUUGCUGAAAAACGAACCCAUAAACUGCCCUAAUAAUACUCUCAGAUGUUGUCCUGGCUUAAUUUAUACUCCAAUCGAUGUUGUAUUAAACAGGGACUUUGGAUGGGAACUAUAUGUGGACUCCUGGCACAAAACCUUCUGCUCAUAGGGAUCACAAUGCGUACUGACUGGGAGAAAGAAGUGAGUGAUCUCUACUGAUGCCAUACAUAACACAUUGUUUCUUCGUCUCCAGAAACUUAUAUGACGAAUCACACAAUAGCUGGGACAUGAUUGGAAAUUUCCAAUGAGUAAUGAAGGACUUUUAUGUGCAAGAACGAGGUUAGCAGAAAGACAGUCCUAUCCUCAGUUAUCUUCUGAGGAUUUUAGAUGCAUGGUUGAUGUUGGAAGAGUGGGCGGUAGAAAUGAGUAUUUUUAAGAAAUUUCCCAUUAGCUUGAGUGAUAUAGUCAACUAGAAGUGUGGAAGAAUUCUGAGUAGUUUUUAUCAAACUGUUUGUGAAGAGAGUGAACUAACAAUGACUCUCCCUUGAGGAUGGAACAAUUAUGUAUUCACACUUUACUUUUUUAUCUUAUUAUGUUUCAGGCUCAGAAAAGCAAGGAUAGAGUCUACAGCAAAGGCUUACUUGGGGAAGCUGCAUAA